GACAAAUAUCACACUAUGUGGUUCAGAGAAAAUGAUACAAAAUACUAGCUCCAAUUGUACUAGUGUUAUUUGUAAUACUACACCUUUGGAGAGAGUUGACACUUUUAAAUAUCUAGGUAGGUAUCUAUAUCAAUACAACUCUUAAAUUUGAAAAAAAAACAUUAAAGAUGCAUGUAGUAAAGUUGGUAGAAAGCUUGGAGUAUUGUAUGGUCAGCACCAUUGUCUAAAUUUUACAGCAUGGUUUAAAUUAGCUCAACAACUUUUGUUCCCUAUUUCAGACUACAAUGCUGUGAUCUAUAGCAGUGGUUUUCAACCUGUGGGUCAUGAGGCAUGCUCAGACAUGCUGUGCUGGAAAAAUACCAACUUGACCAGUCCUGUCACCUAAAUAGUUUAAUGUGUUGCAGAAAUGGAGGACCACACAAGUCUCCCACUUGAGGACUGGUCUGAAAAGCAUGUGAGCUCCUGGUUGAAAUCAAUAAAGAUUAAAGAUCAUUACAUACAGAAGCUUCACGAUGAUGAAGUUACCGGAGCAGCUCUCAUGGAGAUAUCAGAAGACUUUCUAAACCGACAAACUAAGAUGAAACCUGGGCAAAUCCAGCUCCUUCUGCGGAAAAGAGACGAACUGUUAAAAUCUACACAAGCGCACGAGGCAAAGACCAGCAAGCAGCCUGUCAUCCAGAAGAAAAACAGAACAGAUUCCCCUGCUGAAAAUAAACAUGAACCAACAGCAGAGAAGUGGAAUUGGCAGGUGAACGUUGCUAAGGAACCAGAUCCUGCAAAGGGAGAGAAUACAGAACAAAUAAACACUGUCAGAGAGUCCUCUAACAAGAGAGAAUGUAGACCUCGACCAUUUGAUACAGAGGGCAUGGACUUUAAAUAUGUGAAACACACAGUCCUGCAGCCAGAAAAUGGAAACACAAACUUAAUCACACCCUGUCAUGAGUAUAAAUCUUUAGGCACAGCUGCACGGUUAGAUAAAACGCGUCUGCAAACCAAGUUUGCAUACGAAGUUUACAGAUUUGCCUGUGGUUGCAUGAAUGUUCGGGCAAAUGGCACAAUCCACUUUGGUGUCAUGGACAACACCCAAGACACAGGCUAUGUACAUGGUGAAAUUGUGGGUAUACCUGUGAAAGAGAAAGACGUCUAUGUGGAUGCAUUAAAUCGCAUAGACAAGUGUGUUACUGAUUCUUCUGAAAAAGAGCAAUUUGAGUCUUGUGUACGUUCACCAAAAUUUAUAGAAGUAAUUGACAAACAAGACUCAGGCUCACAACUUUACAUUGUGGAGGUUGACAUUGAGCCUGCAGUAAGCAUAGUGAAAGGCAACGUAUACAAAGUCAGUCUGCCUAAGUUUAAUGAAAAAACAAACAAGAUUGAGUUUGAGAAGAGAAAAGCCUAUCGAAGAGUGCGCGCCAACACAGAACCAAUUAGUGAUGAGGAAAUGAUUGGUUUUUAUCAACGCAUGGAAGCAAGGGACAAGAGAAGAGAGGAGGCGGAAUCAACAGUUCAUCAAAACUCUUUAGAGACCUGUGAAGACCUGGGAAGAAAGCUGUGUGUUCUUCUAACUGAUGGGAAGAAAUACAUUGAUGAUUCGAAGCAGUACAUCAUUGUCACAAACAAGUGUGCACCGGAGAAUCUGAAACACAUCAACUUCUUACUACACAUGAAGAUCUUCUGCGUUUUUGAUUUUGAUCCUGAUUCUAAAUCAUUAGGGUUCUGCGGUCAAUACCGUGAGCACCAUGCAGUGAAUAUGCACUUCCUGAAGAGUUACGCCAAUGAAAGUAGGCUGAGCAGCAGUGACUACGCAAAGCACUUGCACUUGUACGAUCAGACCAGUUGGAUAUUCUGCAACGGGUGUAAUGAUUACCUUGGAGGCGAGAGUUCCUGUGAUGAACAUACAUGGAUCCGAACCAAGAAAAAACACCUGAAAAAGGCAGUAUCGAUGAUUUGCAAUGAAAUUCUUGACAAGGGCUCUUUCGUUGUGCUUUUUGUUCUGUUUUCUCCUGUUGAGCAGCCUCUUAUUGAUACUUUCCAUGAAUUCUAUGCUGAAAUGAAUGGGCAUGAAGAUAUUGUCUGCAUAUCAGAAUCCAAAGAAAACUACAACGAGUGGGCAAACCAUGCUCAGAGGUCUUGCAGACGUGAAACACUGGACCAGAUAAGCAUCGUUGGGAUGAAAAUGAGCCACAUAGAUGUCACAGUGCAAACCAUACAGCCAUCUUCAGCACAAUAUACCAAGCAGUUGCCAGUAUUCAACAACAUGCUGUGUUCACUUAAACCUGCCGAGGAUGAAAGACUGUCAUCCUUGGAAGUACUGAGUGUAAAUCUUUGUGACAAUACCAAUCUUGAAACUAUUCAGCAAGAGCAAGCCAGUAUUGAAAGGUAUUUUUAUAAAGGAGGAAAAGUCAAAUGGAUCAAUUUUUGGCUUGCAGAAAAGCAAUUAGGUGAAACAGUAAUUGAGCGCGAUGCAUACUUAGAAGUAGACCAAAUAUUAGAUGGCAUUUUAAAAUGCAAAAAACCUGUGAAAUCUGUGGAGAAAAUAACCAUAUACCAUCAGGCUGGCAGUGGUGGAAGUACUAUUGCAAGACAACUCCUUUGGAACUUCAGAAAGGAGCUGAGAUGUGCAGUUGUAAAACCUUUAUACCCAGUUACAAAUGUCUGUCAGCAUGCCAUCCAGUUGAGGGAAUAUGAGGAGAAGGACAGAAAUAAUUGUCUACCAGUCCUCCUGUUGGUGGAAGACUGCGAUGGGGAAUACAUUGAUGAUCUGAGCCAUGAGUUAAGAAAUGCCAUUGCGUCUAUGACAAUCAGCACUCCAUUAUGCUUCAUUCUUUUGAACUGCAAAAGAUCUUCUGAUCCUCAAAAGAAGUGCAAAGCCUUACCAUUGCGAACAGUAGCUGUUACACACAAACUGUCAGAGCGAGAAAAGAAAUUGUUCUCUAAAAAACGUGAAAAACUUUUACAACCAGAAGAACAGUUACAUCCAGAGUUCAUCUUGACCUUUGUUUUGAUGAGUUAUGGAUUUGAGAGAAAGUACAUCCAAGACUUUGUGAAACAUUUGCUAGAAGGCAUUGAUCAUGCAUCUCGUGAAGCUAGCCUAAUUAGAUAUGUUGCAUUACUCAAUUGCUACAUUCAGAACUCCUACAUCUCAGUCUCCCACUGUGAAGCUUUUUUGGGCUUCGACGUCAACCCAAAGCCUCACAAAAGCUUUGAAAGAUCAUUAACCGAAGAAGCAAGACUUCUAUUCAUACACCUGAGAGAGAGUACAGUACACAUUUUAUCAGUGCGUAUAAUUCAUCCCUCGGUUGCAGAGGAAAUUCUGCAACAACUCUCAGUGAGUCAGCCACAGAGUUCAAUUGCAAAUAGUCUUCUCCAGGAAAAGGUGCUUUUCAAUCACAGAUUUGGGAGGGAUGACUACAUAAAGUUUAUCAGAGAUCUGUUCAUGAAACGGUGCAAGAGUGAAGGAGACAACAGCUCAUUUUCUCCUCUUAUUGAGCAUGUACGUACCGUAGAGAAAAACCCAGAUAAGGCCAUUGAUCUUUUAAAAACUGCCUACACAUAUUUUGAAAAGGAUGCUUUCUUUGCACAACAGCUUGCCAGGCUGCAUUACACCCACAAAAUGUUUGACGAGGCCAAAGAUUGGGCAGAAGUCGCAAAAUUUCGAAUGCCACAUAACUCGUUCAUUCUUGACACAGAAGGUCGAGUGUAUUGGAAGUGGUUUGUUUUUAAAGAUGAGGCACUGGACAAACAGAAUCUGAUGCCUGAAUCUGCAACUGAACUCAUUGGCACUGCACUGAAAGCUAUCGAGUGCUUUCAAGCAUCUGAGAAGGCAGCAAAGUCAAAUCCAGAUUGCAUGAACAAUUCUGGCUAUUUUGGGGAAGUAGACGUUGGAUGUCGGUUGUUGAAGCUCCUUUCGUCAGUGGAUGUAUUUUCAAAUAAUAAAAAAAAAUUGUUAAAGUACCUCCUCACGGAUCACAUUCCAGAGGAAGUCAAAAAGCCCUGGCACAGAUUUCACAACUGUUUGAAAGGCCUGCAGAAGAGCAUUUAUGAAGCUCUUGAAUGGAUUUCAGAAGAUUUAACUUACUUUCAAACUGACAAAAAUGAAGAAGAAGAAGAGAAAACCAGUAAAGAAAUUGAACAUAUUAACAACCCCAGGAGAUGGUUGUUGAAAAGAUCAUCUGUCUACGCAAGCUAUUUUAGUGACGCUUCUUUCAACCAAAAAAUAUCCAACAAAGAUUCUUUAGCUCCACUCAUAAGGAGCAUGAAUAUUUACCAACAAGGAGGGGGCAGUGUAAGUGCUAUACUUUCAAAUCUAUCUGACCACAAAACUCAAAGGGCAGGCAGCAAACUGGAAGACAUAUUAAGCAUGUAUCCAGAAGACCCCCUGAGAGAAAAGCUAGAUCAUAUAGACCUGGUGAACUAUAUAUUCACUCAGAUUGCACUAGGGUGUGUUUUACCUGAUUCCCCCAAGCUUGUUACCUUACAGAAACUCCAAGAGUUAAGUCUGCGGUUCUACAAAGAGAGGAACAAUAAGUAUCCUCCCAGCGCCUUCAUGAUUUCUCUGCUUUUCUGGCCUGGAAACUCACAAGACACAGGAUGCAAUCAAGAACAAAAUAACAUCCUGACAUCAGCAAUUGCUGCCUUGAAGAGGCUCUACAAUGAUAAAAUAAAAGAUGUGUCCUCCAGAAAAAAGCGAAUCUUCACUCACUUUUUCCUGGGCCAUGGGAAAGAUCUUGACAGGUUCAUCCAUAAAACAAAGCUUGAAAAAUACCUCAAAGGGACUCUAAACGAAAAGAGAUUGAAGUGGCUCAGUGGUGAAGUUUGGAAAACACCAGAAGUUACCCAGCUGCUGAAACGUGUUAAAGGUUGGACAGAAAAUGGCAGUGUUUUUGUACAAGGCACCUGCAAGGAUAGCAAGAUCAAAGUUUUUACGUCGUGUUAUGUCUCAAUGCCCAAUACCAAUGAAAACGUAACAUUUUACUUGGGUUUUUCUUUUGAUGGUCCAAUUGCUUUUAACGUUCAAGUUAUUAACUAAUGUGCUUUUUUCUUAUAAAAGAAGACAGUAACAGACCAAAUGACAAAGUAGAAGCAACUUGCAAUUGUCUUCAAAGGUUUUACACUUGCUUAUGUGUUUUCUGUUAAAGGAAUGCCAAUAAUCUUAGCUUGUCGACUUUUAUUAAAUACAACAUACAAUAUAACAAAAGACAACUGAUUUUUUGAAGAUAUAGUCCUUAUUUUUCCCAUAUGUUGCCACAACUGUUUAAGUAAUGAAUGUAUUGUUUUUAUAAAAUACUAUAAACUAUAAAAAACACUUUUUUAAACUAUUAAAUUGCAGUCCACUGUACUCGGCUUCCAAGAUGGUAGCUUCAAAUGUAGAAGAAUUUCAGAACUACAUUUCCCAUCAUCCUCCUGCUCAUGUAUGCAUGGUUGGGGGGGCAAUACAUACCUUACUUAAACAUUUGUGGCAGCAGUGUGGAGUAGUGGUUAGGACUAUGGACUCUUGACAGAAGGGUCAUGGGUUCAAUCCCAGGUGGGGGACAUAGCUGUUGUACCCUUGAGGAAGGUACUUAACCUAGAUUGCUUCAGUAAAAACCCAUCUGUAUAAAUGGGUAAUUGUAUGUAAAAAAUAAUUUGUAAAAUGUAAUUGUAUGUGAAAAUAAUGUGAUAACUUGUAACAAUUGUAAGUCGCCCUGGAUAAGGUUGCCUGCUAGGAAAUAAAUAAUAACAUAUGGGAACAUAAAAACAAACCACCCAAGUUCCCCUUUAAGCAUGAUUCAUCCAAUGUAUAGAUACUUUUUCUCCAUUAAUCUAAAUCUUGUUACUCUAGCUGCAGUAUGUUACUGUAUUGUAUUUAAGCACUUAAAAGACAUCAUGCCAAACCCACAGCUACCAACGUGUGUGGUGCAUGUAUUUGUAUUGAACUGUAACAUUACUGCCUUUUGUAUGGACACGUAUCUAAACUAUAUAACCAGAUUCUAUGUAAAACUGUAGCUAAUUAUAAAAAAUAACAUUGGAAAUGUG